AGCACCCUCACUUCGAACGCGUUCAAAAUGCCUAUGUCAUCGAAAAAGACCGCGUCACGCAAGUACAUCGACCUCAUCAAAUAUUCCUCGAACAAAUGGGCCAACUGGGACCCAUCGAACCCCGUAGAAGCCGGUGAUUAUGGCGGAGUUAACAAGGAGUCCGGAGAGUUUGAAAGACAAGGAAACCUCUAUCGCGAUAGCACCAUUGCAGAGAUCACGGCGAGAUAUCCGCCAAUCUACAAUUCAGAGACGACGGAUUACCAGUAUCACUCCUUGAACACAAGGACAACUAAGCUGAAGGCCCAAUUCAACCCGGAUAUUUUUGGGGAUUCAAAGCCGCUCGUUGGUGGUCAAUGGCAUUUCAGCAAUCGACGUGGAGCAAUCUUGCUCAUGCAUAGAACAAAGUUGACAAGGGUCCCGGAAGAGUUGCUCGAAGAAAUUAAGGAAUCCGAAUGGGUGAAAGGAAAAUACAUCGUGACACAUGUCCACACGUGCCCUGCCUAUGCCAUGUAUCUUUCCGAUAAGAGUAUUUGUGUGCCUUCCGUUUCUGAAUUUUCUAAUCUAAUAAUGUACUUUUAUACAGUGCAAGGGAGUGUCUCUAUCGGGUUAUGUUCUGACCCCUUCUCGCCCGGAGAUGCGGGUUCUGAUAAAUCGGGAGGAGAGAAACCCUUGAAGUGGAUCACAGAAGGUCUCUCUGGCUUUUACCAAUCAGCGUCUUCGGACGAGUCCAAUUUCGUACCACUUUUCCAAAUCAAGGUAGUUCAGAAGCGGGAAGGAAAGAGGCGUCAAAGUCCCGACCCAAUUAACGAUGAGAAACUCGAAUUCUAUAAUGUUGAGGUGCCAUGGUACGAUCUUGAUGAGGAGGGGGAGGAGCUCCCUGACGACUUAUCUGAAAUGGACGAUGAUGACUAGUCGUGACUUAUGAUACCUGAACCACGCCGACCGUCAUUGGUGGUGUUGUAGUUAUAAAUGAUUUCUUGUAUCUAUUCCACUUGUACUGUAUUCGUUCGCGUGUUGUGCACAAUAUUGAUUAUACGCCCGAA